AUGCUCUUGAUUAGAUACUUAUUGGCUGUGCUGGCGGUCGUCCUGAUGGCAGCGGAAGCCAGCACAGAACCCGGGUGUGAAGGGGGCACGGAGAGUGCAGAGAAAGCCAGUCUGGUCCAGCGCAACCGGAGUUCCUCCAAAGUAAUGCUCACUGAGGACCUAUCACAAGUGCGUGGGCAGAGCUUCCUCGAGCUACAAGAAGCUGGAAAGUCCUCCUCCAUGGGCAAACACAUGGUUCUGGCCCUCACUGCUGCUAUACCCGAAGAGAUCGCCUUCCCUUUCGAGAUUUUGCUUCCCAUUGCAUUCAUCCUUGCACUGCUGGGCUUGUGUGUGGUGACCAAUCGAUCUGAGCCGGACGCUUUCCUUCUAAAGCCAGCUACGGACUCGCCUGCUCCGCGCACUCCACUCAUGUUCUCACAAAGCCCGCCCCGAGCCAGCCGACCGCAUGAGCUGAGCCAAACAAACCCCACAUCAAGCUCACCCACUCGGGAAUCGUUGAUCUGCUUAUGCCCGAGCUUGGUGGUGCCAGAGAGGGUAGAAUGCACUAUUCUUGUGCCUCAGGUGGCUGCCCUCAAGUCCAAAAGUAUCAAACCCCUUUGUGACAUCGGUGGCGGCACUAUUUUCGAGCUAGAGGUUUUCCCUGAGAAGAACAUUGAUGGUGUGAGGCUCAUUUUGCACAGCCCAUCUCGAGGCAGAAAGUUUGCUAGCUGCCGGAAUGCUGCGACGGCUUCGGGAAGAGGAUUUACCUUGCAGGGCCAGGACACGGCGCAUCAAGCCCAGCUUCACUCAGCUGAUAGUGGAUGCUUCGUCACAGCUCCAAGCAGACAGUCCAUCCGAUUUCGGAACAACUCACCUGGAAGCAUCAACGCGUCGGAUGAUGAGGGGCAGCUCUUGGCGUAUUCAGACCCAACGGGGCCAGAUGCAGAAGGCUUGCCACAGCUGGUCUUGAAGGUUGGACCAAAAGUCGAUGCAGGUGCAGGGCCUGGUGGCUUGGAGAAUGAGCUGGUUCGUGCUCAAAGGGAGGCGCAAAGGCGGCUAGAUGAGGCGACCAAAAAAGAAGCCCCAAAGUGGUCAGGAGCCGCUUCUUUGCUCCAAGUAGUAAGGAGCCAACUUAGAGAUGACGCCGAAGGACUCUUGUGGCUGAUGGGCGGCUAUGCGUGGGCAGCAAGAGGCGGAGAUGAGGCCGCGGAGGCCUUCUGCCAGAAAAAUAAGAUCAAUCCUCGCCAGAUGGCAGAGGCUCAUAGCUUGAUGCAACAGCUUGCAGAGCUCUUGCAGCGCAGACUCUGCCUGUCGUCAGCAGGUUUUGAGCUCCAACUGCCGUUGCUUCCGCGCCCACCGACACCUCGACAGGUGCAAUUGCUACGCGAGUGCAUCGCAGAAGGGUUGCUAGACCGAGUUGCCAUUGCUUCUCCAGAUUUGGGUCAUCGGGCCUACAUUUGUGCAGAUCUUGGCCGAGAACGACCUGUGUACAUACAUACUGCAUCGAAUGCCUUCCGGCAUAGGCCUCACCCUUCGGUUUUGGUCUUCAAUGAGAUCAUUUCGACUCACAAGCCGUUUAUGAGGGAUUGCAUCAAUGUGGACCCACUGCACCUGGCAAAGCGCGCUGCUGCCGGCGGAUGCCCACUUUUGAGUCUUGGUGAGUUUAUUCCAGUACCCGGGCCUCGGUACCUUCCGGAGCAGGACAAAGUGCUUGCUUUUGCCAGCCCGUCCUACAUUCCUCUGUCCUAUGCGCUUCCGACCGUUGAGGUUGAAGUCCCAGCCAACUCGAUUUUUAGAUACAAGGUCUUCGCUAAGGCGCUUUUGGAGGGCAUGGUUGUGAGGGACUUGCCCGCGCAGGACAAGCUUUUGGCGAAGCCAACGCUGCUCUUGCAUGCUCCCACCAAUCCGAGGGUGUCUGCUCUCGUCAGUCCGUUGUGGCAAUUCAAGGUGGGGUCCCGCGGCGAGCUCUACUCGCGAUGGAAACAUGACAGCCGGUUCCUCCUUGAAGGCUAUCUGAAAUGGGUCCCCAAUACUGCCCAUGACGAUGUGCGCAUGGCUUGGCCUCCCAUGUGA